AUGCGGAUUCUCUUGAUCAUACUAUUGAUCUGUUACACAGCUCGUGCGAUUCUCGCCAAAUCCUCAUUGGACUGCGACUUCUCUGGCGAUUGCUGUUGGGCGACAACUCGCGAAGACGAGCAGUGGGAAGUCCGACAUGCCGAUGAGCUCGACAUCAAUGAAUUCCGAAAAACGUUCUUGACCGGAAAAUCGAGACCCCCACCAAAUGGAAAUUAUGCUAUUCGAGUAGAGAAUAAACGCAAAUCCUCACUGAUCUCGUGUGCAGUUUGCAGUCGAAACGGAACUGUUCAAGUCAAAUUCCGGCAUUGGCAAAGUGCGAACGCGAUUCUCAAAAUCUGUUGGCAAAAUGAAGGCGAUGGUAGUCCAGCGGCAGAAAAUUGUCAAGAUGCGAGACAUUCAAGACAGAGCAAGCUCAACACGUAUUCGUUCAGAAAUAUCGAAAGAAACCGUAAUUUUCGGCUCGUUUUCAUUGUUGAGAAUGCGGACGCGGAAAAAAGCGGCAACGAGGCGACGAUUCUUAUUGAUCGGAUUACGGUGGAUUUCGCACCGUGCGAACACCAACAUCGUGCAAGUCACUCAAUUCAGCGUGUCACUGAACACAAGAAGCAGAAAAGGAUGAAACGACCGAAACAGAAUGGUACAGUGACAUUGGAAAAACUCGCGAAACUCGAUGAGAAAUUGAAAGAAAAAAUCAAAAAUGAGGAAAAAGAAAAAGCUUAUUUGAAGAAUGUCGAUCAACAAAUUGCGAAAGUCGUCGAAGAACUCGACGCCAAAACGAAGCCUGUUGAUCCACUUACCGAUCUUCUUGGAAAAGAAUUUGUCGACUUCCUUGAUCCGAAUUACGAAUAUGAUGACGAUGAAGAAACUGAGAAGGCCGAGACUCCGAAGAAAACUACUCCUGCUCCUGUAAAAACGACAAAACCGCCGGUGAAACGAGUGGAAACCGCGAAGAAAGAAGUUCAUCCAGAAACUGGAGCACCGAAAAAUCUGCAACCAGCCACUAAUCACCUUCCGAUUCGUCCAAUUGCUCCACCGUCGGAAAUUCUCAAGUUUAUUCCACGUGGCAAGCCGAUGCCUGUCCAGCCGCAAAACGGCGCCUUCUCGUUGCCAUCUCAACCACAUCAUCUGAUUCCACUCGGAAUUCCGUCGACGUGCGACACCGCUGGUGGUUGUCUAUUCGAAAAAGAUUUCUGCGGAUGGCAAACGCCGGCGACAAUCCAAAACAAGUUCUACAUCAAGAAAGUGGUGCCGUCGAGUUUCGCUGAAGCCAUCGUACCCGUUGGAGAAGUCGCUGUCAUGGAAACCACGACGAAAAUGACGCAAGCGCAUACGAUCCUAUUCGACUCUCUCGAGUUCACGACUGGGACCCGUUUGAUCGCCUGCUGUCUCGCUGGGGACCAAUUCGUCUGCCCAUUUUCGACACCAUCUGAACAAUCGGCCGUUAUCUGGCAAUUCUCAAAGUUUGAAUGCCCAAUCGGAACAUCCAAGGAAUUUGAAAUUCAAAAAAAAAUCGGUUCUAUUGAGAUUGCGUUCAUCUGCGAAAACUAUGGCCUAACAAACGGGAUCUGCGGUGUCGACAACAUUCGAAUCCACACCUCAACCGACGUCUUCUUCCUCGAACCGUGCCAAAAAGAGAAACUCCAUUGA